UACACACUUCAGUAUAACCAUGCUCAGCACGCACACGGCUAUCCUCUGGCUCAUCUAUCUACUUUCUGUUUGCACCAACGGAAAUGAAAUUAUACCAUGCAACAACAAGGAUAGCGCCAAGACUCCAAUGAUGAAACUUAAGCUCACCUUGCUAUGUGGCUACGACAAGUACCUGCGUCCUGUCUUACAUGACUCCAACAAGACCGAAGUUGGGUUCAUGUUAGCUCCAAGAAUCAUUGAGUUUGAUGACAUGCAUAACACUAUGUACCUGAAGGCUUGGCUAAGCAUGAACUGGAAUGAUGUACACCUUUCCUGGGACAAACUGCAGCAUGAUGACAUCGGCUCGAUAAUGCUUGAUACUUCCAUGAUAUGGGUGCCUGAUCUCUCCAUCUAUAAUUCGAGACAGGAGGUUAACCUGGACCAAGAGGUGGGUCCUGUGAUGAUCAUGUCAUCAGGGAAUGUUUAUGCUUUGCUCUCACCAGAGAUGACAGGUCACUGCGUGCCUAACUGGGCGAACUGGCCAUAUGAUAUCCACAAGUGCAAUAUUACUCUGGGUUCUAAACGUUACCUGGGUUCGACUCUCAACUUCAAAUUCCAUUUUGAUGAGAAGGGAUUGUUCAUGCAUUUUCUACUGCCAGAUAAUGAGUGGGAAAUAAUUGACACCAGCUCCUCUAGAAAUGAGAGUCGGGUAGGGCCUGAUAACGACACAGACACUGAGUUUAUGGUUACUCUUGAUUAUCAGUUCACCCUACGACGUCAUGCUUCUGUAUAUGUGGCCAGUUACCUGAUACCGGGAGUUGUGAUGAUGAUUCUAUCCCUGGGACUCCUAUGGAUACCUUCCGAUAAAGUGGAAAGAACAGCCAUUCUGUGUACCUUAAUGAUUAUACAGCCACUGUAUCUCCAGUAUCUGGCCUACAAGAUUCCAUCCAACGGAGAUACCACACCUUACCUAGUGUGUUACUACCGUGACUGCUUGUGUCUGACGGGGAUGUUGAUUGUUGAGACUUUAGUGACCCGUUCCAUGGCUUCAUGGACUUCAGAUCCUCCAUAUUUGCAGUCAAUCUUCCGGUUUAUUGCCGGCAACCGAGUACUACAGUAUUUUCUAAUCAGUGACAUAGACCCAAAGAAUGCAGCCAAGCUGAUGGAAGCGGGCAAUGAUGAGGGCUCCUCUCUUGUGACCACUGACCAGACACAGCAGUGGAAGCUGCUGAUAGACAUAGUCAACAGAUCUAUGUUUUAUCUUCUAGUCCCAGUCUACCUGUUGUUGUCUCUAAGCUUGCUGCCUUUGAACAUAUCAGUUAGCAUUAAUUGAUUAGAUGAAUGUUUAUGAAUCAUUAUGCUCAAUUUUUUUCUUUUGACUAAAUAGACAGUUAUGAUUUACUUCUUUUUAAAAAGAAUAUACAGUAGACGCCCUCUAAACCGGCCUCGGGUCAACCGGCCGCCGCUUUAAACCGGCCACAAAGCAAACGGAGUCAUCGACAAGUCACAACUCGAACGGCUAUAUUCGAAGGCGAAUCAGUGAAAAAGAUAUUUGAAGAACUUAACGUCGGGAAAAGCACUGUCAAUGAUUGGCGACGUAAUCACAAAUCCUUACAGGACUUUUGCACUAGUGUCGAAACAGAAAAGGUGUUGAUGAAUCGGCGAGGCAUUAAAAAAACCAACAAAUGAGAUGGUUGACAACGCGUUAUGGCUUUGGUUUAUGCAGGAGCGGCGAAGAGGAACUCCGAUAACUGGACCACUUUCACAAGAAAAGGCAAUGUUUUUUCAUUCGAAACUAGAAAAACAAAAUAACGCAGUGUUUUCAGCCAGUGAUUGAUGGUUAGGAAGAUGGAAGAAGUGACAUGGAGUAAAUUUUUUAAACAUUUGUGAGGGAAAAUGUCCUCAGAUAUCAUGGCAGCAAACGAUUUUGUAAUCAAACUAGGAAAGAUAAUUUACAAAGUAAAUCUUUCACCAGAACAGGUUUACAUCGUUGACUGGUCUGAACUUUAAACGUCUACCAAAAGGAAAUUCUCUGUUGGGAAUAAAAGUUCAGCUCCUGGAUUUAAACUUAACAAAGAACGGGUUACACUUGCCUUAUGCACAAAUGCUGCAAGAUCACACAAGCUCCCACUUUUGGUCAUUGGGAAAUCCCAGAAACCACAAGCGUUUAAAAACAUAAAUGUUUCAUUGCUUCCUGUGUUUUAUCGUACCCUGAUGGCAGCAUGGAUGGAUGCCAACGUCUUUAAAGACUGGUUUGUGAACGAGUUUGUUUCGAAAAUAAAAAAAAUAUUUAAAGGACCGUAAAUUACCUGAAAAGGCCAUUCUAAUCUUAGACAAUUCUUGCACACACCCACCUGAUCUUGAAUGUGAAGAAGCACCCGGUAUAAAAUUGGUUUUCUUUCCAGCGAACGUCACAAGUCUCAUUCAAUCUAUGGACGAAGGAGUCAUAGAAUGCUUAGAGCGACGUUAUCGGUGGCAAAUGUAGUACAGUAUUACUCUAUUGUUAUUAUGUAUUCUAUAUGCCACUGUUCUUUAAAAUAUUAAAAGAAAUUAGGUUUUCAGUGAAAUAACCUUAUGAAUUAAAUACAUUUUUUUUUACCCGUACAGUAUUACGUACUUGGUACGUAUACAGUAUACCAAUUAAGGUUAUGUUCGUCGGAUUAACCGGCCAAACCCCUUUCCGGCUGGGGGUUCGGUCCUGUAAUGGUCAGUCAAGGGCGUCUACUGUAAUUUACUCUUUUAAUAAAAGUUUUAUAUUAUACUGUG